GAGGAGGUUGGGAGAAAGCUCUGAGUGCCUUUCUGCAGGUAUCGGCGCUCUUGCCGAAGUGGUGUGUUGUGACGCGAGGCCUUUGCGGACUUUGGCGCAGCCUGCACCUGCGGCUCUCAGCAGCCAGCGAGAAGAAGCCGGCCUCCGGUGUGCGCCCCACUGCCAGAGAAUAACAGUUUAGAGGAUCAACAUGUUGUCCAACUUGAGAAAAUUAGCAGUGACUCAUAAGGUAAUACCCAUCCUGCACAUUAAUGAUAUGUGUUGCUCUAAAAUGAGAACAGGUUUACAAACUCUCAAGCCAUAUGUGUCUCUUGGAAGAAGCUACAGUUCUUUACCAGGUUUAAUAGGAAAUGAUAUCAAAUCCCUUCAGUCUGUCAUCAGUCCUCCCAUAGCUAAAAUCCGUAAUAUUGGAAUUAUGGCUCAUAUUGAUGCAGGCAAAACUACCACCACAGAAAGAAUAUUGUACUAUUCUGGAUACACAAGAUCAUUGGGAGAUGUUGAUGAUGGAGACACAGUGACAGAUUUCAUGGCUCAAGAGAGAGAAAGAGGCAUUACUAUUCAGUCUGCUGCUGUUACAUUUGAUUGGAAAGGGUACAGAAUCAAUUUAAUUGAUACUCCAGGUCAUGUGGACUUUACCUUGGAGGUUGAGCGCUGCCUUAGAGUGUUGGAUGGUGCAGUAGCUGUGUUUGAUGCCUCGGCUGGUGUAGAGGCCCAGACUCUCACAGUAUGGAGGCAAGCUGAUAAACACGAGAUACCUCGAAUCUGUUUUUUAAACAAAAUGGACAAAACUGGAGCAAGUUUUAAAUAUGCGGUUCAAAGCAUCAGAGAGAAGUUGAAGGCAAAGCCCUUACUUUUACAGUUACCACUUGGUGAAGGCAAAGCUUUCAAAGGAGUUGUGGAUGUAGUGAGUAAAGAAAAACUUCUUUGGAACCCUACUUCAGAUGAUGGAAAAGACUUUGUGAGGAUACCCCUUUUGGAAGUGAGUGAUCCUGAAUUGUUUAAGGAGACAACUGAAGCAAGGAAUGCCUUAAUUGAACAGGUUGCAGAUUUGGAUGAUGAAUUUGCUGACUUGGUUUUAGGAGAAUUCAGUGAAAAUUUUGAUUUGCUACCAGCUGAAAAGCUACAGACUGCGGUACAUAGAGUAACCCUGGCUCGGGCAGCAGUGCCUGUGCUUUGUGGAAGUGCCCUAAAAAACAAAGGUGUCCAGCCCUUGUUAGAUGCUGUUACUAUGUACCUGCCUUCACCUGAAGAGCGCAGCUACGAAUUUCUGCCAUGGUAUAAGGGUGACUUAUGUGCACUGGCAUUUAAAGUUCUUCAUGACAAGCAGCGAGGACCACUGGUGUUUAUGCGCAUUUACUCAGGCAUGAUAAAACCCCAGUUGGCCAUCUAUAAUAUUAAUGGAGACUGCACGGAAAGAAUAAGUCGUCUUCUUUUGCCAUUUGCUGACCAACAUAUAGAAAUCCCUUCCCUGACUGCUGGUAACAUUGCUUUGACUGUUGGCCUUAAACACACUGCCACUGGAGACACCAUCGCCUCAUCCAAGUCCAGCGCGUUAGCUGCAGCUCGUCGCGCCGAAACAGGAGGAGGAAAAAAGCAUAGACAGAACAAUGAAGCCAAGAGGCUUUUACUGGCCGGGGUGGAGAUUCCAGAACCUGUUUUCUUCUGUACCAUAGAACCCCCUUCGUUGGCUAAGCAGCCAGAUUUGGAUUAUGCAUUGAAAUGCCUUCAACGUGAAGAUCCCAGUUUGAAAGUGAAGCUCGAUCCUGAUUCUGGACAGACUGUCCUAUGUGGUAUGGGGGAGUUACAUAUUGAGAUUAUUCAUGACCGAAUCAAGAGAGAGUAUGGAUUGGAAACCUAUCUAGGGCCUCUCCAGGUGGCAUACCGAGAGACCAUCCUAAAUGCAGUUUGUGCCACAGAUACCUUAGAUAGAACAUUAGGAGACAAACGGCAUCUUGUGACUGUAGAACUGGAAGUAAAACCAACUGAAACAGCUUCGGUUACCCCAGUUAUCGAGUAUGCUGGAAGUGUUAGUGAAGACCUUCCAAAGGCUUCCCAAGAGGCCACUGAAAAUGGAAUUUACAGUGCGUGCCUCCAAGGACCACUGCUUGGAUCCCCAAUUCAAGAUGUGGCAGUUACUGUACAUUCACUGACAAUUCAUCCUGGCACCUCCACAACUAUGAUUUCUGCCUGUGUCUCAAGAUGCGUACAAAAGGCUCUGAAGAAGGCUGAUAAGCAAAUUUUAGAGCCCCUGAUGAAUCUCGAGGUUGCAGUCAAUAGAGAUUACCUCAGCCCUGUCCUGGCAGACCUGGCACAAAGAAGAGGGACCAUUCAGGAAAUCCAGACUCGUCAGGAAAAUAAAAUUAUUAUUGGAUUUGUUCCUCUAGCAGAAAUUAUGGGUUAUUCAACUGUGCUUCGAACACUAACAUCGGGCUCAGCUACAUUUGCCUUAGAACUAUCUAAUUAUCAAGCCAUGAAUCCUCAAGACCAAACUAUACUGCUCAGCCGGCGAAGUGGCUUGACCCAAGUGCUUUGAAAACUCCAGAGCCCCUACCUACUGCUUUUUCAAUUACCCUCAAUCCUUCUGUAGGUCACUUGAAAAAUCAAUAUGGGUUA